CAGUUCGUCAUCCCCCUGGUAUGGCCCCUGCUACAGUUUCGUAUAGUAAACCGCCAGCGCCAACGACGUUUCUAGGUGGUAAAGCGCCAUCGCGAGCUCCUGUUGCUGCAGCGCCAAGGACAGUUCCAGGUAGUAAAGUGCCAUCGCGAGCUCCUGUUGCUGAAGCGCCAAGGACAGUUCCAGGUAGUAAAUCGCCAUCGCGAGCUCCUGUUGCUGAAGCGCCAAGGACAGUUCCAGGUAGUAAAUCACCAUCGCGAGCUCCGGUUGCUGCGGCACCAACGACAAUUCCAGGUAUUAAAGCGCCACCGCGAGCUCCGGUUGCCGCAGCGCCAAUGACCAUUUCAGGUAGUAAAGCGCCUUUGCGAGCUCCUGGUGCUGCAGCGCCAACGACAAUUCCAGGUAGUAAAGCACCAUCGCGAGCUCCAGUUGCCGCAGCACCAACGACAAUUACAGGUAGUAAAGCACCUUCACGAGCUCCCGGUGCCGCAGCGCCAACGACAACUCCCGGCAGUAAAACGCCAUCGAGAGCUCCCGUUGCUGCAGCGCCAACGACAACUCCUGGCAGUAAAGCCCCAUCGCGAGCUCCCGUUGCUGCAGCGCCAACGACAACUCCUGGCAGUAAAGCCCCAUCGCGAGCUCCCGUUGCUGCAGCGCCAACGACAACUCCUGGCAGUAAAGCCCCAUCGCGAGCUCCCGUUGCUGCAGCGCCAACGACAACUCCUGGCAGUAAAGCCCCAUCGCGAGCUCCCGUUGCUGCAGCGCCAACGACAACUCCUGGCAGUAAAGCCCCAUCGCGAGCUCCCGUUGCUGCAGCGCCAACGACAACUCCUGGCAGUAAAGCCCCAUCGCGAGCUCCCGUUGCUGCAGCGCCAACGACAACUCCAGGUAGUAAAGCCCCAUCGCGAGCUCCCGUUGCUGCAGCGCCAACGACAACUCCAGGUAGUAAAGCCCCAUCGCGAGCUCCCCGUGCUGCAGCACCAACGACAAUUCCAGGUAGUAGAGCCUCAUCACGAGCUCCGGUUGCCGCAGCGCCAACGAUAAUUCCAGGUAGUAAAGCGCCUUCACAAGCUCCCGUUGCUGCAGCGCCUUCACAAGCUCCCGUUGCUGCAGCGCCUUCACAAGCUCCCGUUGCUGCAGCGCCAAGGAUAGUUCCAGGUAGUAAAGCGCCAUCGCGAGCUCCCGUUGCAGCAGGGCCAACGACAAUUCCAGGUACUAAAGCCUCAUCGCGAGCUCCAGUUGCCGCAGCGCCAACAACUCCAGGUAGUAAAGCCCCAUCGCGAGCUCCCGGUGCUGCAGCGUCAACGACAACUCCAAGUAGUAAAGCGCCAUCGCGAGCUCCUGAUGCAGCAGUGCUAAUGCCAUUUCCAGGUAGUAAAGCGCCAUCGCAAGCUCCCCGUGCUGCAGCACCAACUACAUUUUCAGGUAGUACAACGCCAUCGCGAGCUCCCGGUGCUGUAGCGCCAACGACAACUCCAGAUAGUAAAGCGCCAUCGCGAGCUCCUGGUGCAGCAGCGUUAAUGCCAUUUCCAGGUAGUAAAGCACCAUCGCAAGCUCCCCAUGCUGCAGCACCAACUACAUUUUCAGGUAGUACAGCGCCAUCACGAGCUCCCGGUGCUGUAGCGCCAAUGCCAUUUGCGGGUAGUAAAGUGCCAUCGCAAGCUCCCCGUGCCGCAGCACCAACUACAUUUUCAGGUAGUACAGCGCCAUCACGAGCUCCCGGUGCUGUAGCGCCAACGACAACUCCAGACAGUAAAGCGCCAUUGCGAGCCCCCGGUGCUGAAGCGCCAAUGCCAUUUGCAGGUAGUAAAGUGCCAUCGCAAGCUCCCCGUGCCGCAGCACCAACUACAUUUUCAGGUAGUAUAGCGCCAUCACAAGCGCCAACGACAACUCCAGAUAGUAAAGCGCCAUCGCGAGCUCCCGGUGCAGCAGCGCUAAUGCCAUUUCCAGGUAGUAAAGCGCCAUCGCAAGCUCCCCAUGCCGCAGCACCAACUACAUUUUCAGGUAGUACAGCGCCAUCACGAGCUCCCGGUGCUGUAGCGCCAACGACAACUCCAGAUAGUAAAGCGCCAUCGCGAGCUCCCGGUGCAGCAGCGCUAAUGCCAUUUCCAGGUAGUAAAGCGCCAUCGCAAGCUCCCCAUGCCGCAGCACCAACUACAUUUUCAGGUAGUACAGCGCCAUCACGAGCUCCCGGUGCUGUAGCGCCAACGACAACUCCAGAUAGUAAAGCGCCAUCGCGAGCUCCCGGUGCAGCAGCGCUAAUGCCAUUUCCAGGUAGUAAAGCACCAUUGCAAGCUCCCCGAGCCGCAGCACCAACUACAUUUUCAGGUAGUAUAGCGCCAUCACAAGCGCCAACGACAACUCCAGAUAGUAAAGCGCCAUCGCGAGCUCCCGGUGCAGCAGCGCUAAUGCCAUUUCCAGGUAGUAAAGCGCCAUCGCAAGCUCCCCAUGCCGCAGCACCAACUACAUUUUCAGGUAGUACAGCGCCAUCACGAGCUCCCGGUGCUGUAGCGCCAACGACAACUCCAGAUAGUAAAGCGCCAUCGCGAGCCCCCGGUGCUGAAGUGCCAAUGCCAUUUGCAGGUAGUAAAGCGCCAUCGCAAUCUCCCAGAGCCGCAGCACCAACUACAUUUUCAGGUAGUACAGCGCCAUCACGAGCUCCCGGUGCUGUAGCGCCAACGACAACUCCAGAUAGUAAAGCGCCAUCGCGAGCCCCCGGUGCUGAAGUGCCAAUGCCAUUUGCAGGUAGUAAAGCGCCAUCGCAAUCUCCCAGAGCCGCAGCACCAACUACAUUUUCAGGUAGUACAGCGCCAUCGCGAGCUCCCGGUGCUGCAGCACCAACUACAUUUGCAGGUAGUACAGCGCCAUCACGAGCGCCAACGACAACUCCAGAUAGUAAAGCGCCAUCACGAGCCCCCGGUGCUGAAGCGCCAAUGCCAUUUGCAGGUAGUAUAGCGCCAUCGCAAGCUCCCAGAGCCGCAGCACCAACUACAUUUUCAGGUAGUACAGCGCCAUCGCGAGCUCCCGGUGCUGCAGCACCAACUACAUUUGCAGGUAGUACAGCGCCAUCACGAGCGCCAACGACAACUCCAGAUAGUAAAGCGCCAUCACGAGCCCCCGGUGCUGAAGCGCCAAUGCCAUUUGCAGGUAGUAUAGCGCCAUCGCAAGCUCCCAGAGCCGCAGCACCAACUACAUUUUCAGGUAGUACAGCGCCAUCGCGAGCUCCCGGUGCUGCAGCACCAACGACAUUUGCAGGUAGUAAAGUGCCAUCGCGGGCCCCCGGUGCCGCAGCACCAACGACAUUUGCAGGUAGUAAAGCGCCAUCGCGAGCCCCCGGUGCCGCAGCACCAACUCCAUUUCCAGGUAGUAAAGCGCCAUCGCGAGCCCUAGGUGAUGCAGCACCAACGCCAUUUCCAGGUAAUAGAGCGCCAUCGCGAGCUCCCGGUUCUUCAGCGCCAACGCCAUUUCCUGGUAGUAGAGCGCCAUCGCGAGCUCCCGGUACUGGAGCGCCUACGCCAUUUCCAGGUAGCAGAGUGCCAUCACGAGCUCCCGGUACAGGAGCGCCAGUGCCCGCUCCAACUAUGGCUCAAACGCCUGCUCCAGUUAAUCCACCCGCACCAGAAGUGCCGCCAAGUAGUGCUCCGACAGGGCCACCAGCACCGGUGGAACCAUCGGAUGAGGACUCGCCGGUGCCGGCACCGUCAGAUGCCCCAUCUUUCACCAUUUUCUGUAAUCUAAUCACGCCGCUUCUUCUCACCCUUCUUGCUUUAUUCCGACCAUUGUGAUGCCAUGGCGUCUCCAAUUUUCUAAUCACUCUAUUUUUAUUUCCACAAUUUUGAAGAUAGAAAAAAAAAAA